AAAUGAAAAUGAAAAUGAAAAUUCCCAGUGCCUGAAAUUCUGAACACUUACUCUGCAGCUGUUUCGUAGGAGGCAAAGAAGAACCAGUGACAGUGAGCGAGAAGGAGGAAAGAGAUGGCUGCAAAGGGUAGAACCAAGGAGCACUCGAUGGCAUUGGCUCUCUGUAAACAUUUAUCCUUAGAUGCUAAUAAGUAUUUAGGAGGACCUGACAUGGUGGAUAAGGAUACCAGGAGCUUACCUGAUAUCGUCAAGUUAUUUUUGGCCCCUGAGGGAAACAAUGACCAGGUAACAAAGUGGAUAGAAUUUGCAACGGGUUUUCCUACAGAUCCAAGGGAAUCCUUUGGAGUUCUCAAUAAAUUAAAUGAAGAAUUAAUUACAGUUUCAGUACUUUUGGGGAAUGGAUUAAAACCUUCUGAAGCUGAUAUUAUUGUGUUUUCAGCAAUACAUUCUUCUGUGAUUGGCCUUUCAAAAUCAGAUAGGGAAAAGUUGCCACAUGUUUUGAGAUGGAUGGAUUACAUCCAGAACAAGGAAGAUUUGGGGGAUAUAUUUGAAAAGAUAUCGGUUGAGAAGGCCAGCUUUGAGCCUCAAUUUCAGGGAGCAAGGAGUGUUGGUAAGGUAGAAGCAGCUUCAGAUUCAAAAGCAACUGUGCAAAGCCGAAACAAGCCAGAAACAGAAAACACAAACAAAAGCAACGUGAAAAAGGCUUCAAUGAGUAAGGAAGCUACUCAGGAGAAGAAAAAAGCACCUAUAGCAGAAACAGCUGAGAAAGACAAAGAAGCUAGUGUCAGUUUGUUAAAUAUACAGGUUGGACUAAUUCGCAAAGCAUGGAAGCAUCCAUCUGCUGAUAGCUUACUUGUUGAGGAGAUAGAUGUUGGAGAAGCCAAACUGCGACAAGUUGUCAGUGGUUUAGCAAAAUAUUGCAGUCCAGAGGAGUUGACGAAUCGUCUUGUUGUGCUUAUUACAAAUGUAAAACCUGGGAAGCUACGUGAUGUGAUGUCAGAAGGACUGGUAUUAUGUGCUUCCAGUGAAGAUCACUCCACUGUAGAGCCUUUGCUUCCUCCUGAAGGGGCCAAACCUGGGGAGCGUGUUUCAUUUUCUGGAAUUGAUGGGAAGCCUGAAGAUGUUCUUAACCCAAAAAAGAAACAGUUGGAGAAGAUAACACCGCAUCUUUUCACCGAUGAGAAGGGCAUUGCAACAUUCAAGGGAAUACCGUUUAUGACAUCUGCUGGGCCUUGUACAUCAUCCAUUCCCAAGGGAACCAUCAAGUGAUAAUGAUGAUGAUCCAAUGGGUCAUACAACAUUGUAACUCACUGUUCAGGAGAGUUGGUUUCUCACCCUUAAUUAUGUGUUUGCUUUAUACAAUGAAAAAGAAACAUAUUUAAAUUUUUUUUUUUUCGAUAAUUCAUAUACACGUUUAUUGCUGUUAGUGUCAGCUUGUUUUUACAGUGUCAGACGCCAUUACAAUCUGAGUACGAAUCUGGUGAUACAAAUCUCAAAUUUUAAGCUGAAUCAAAUGUUCUGACUUCUGAAUGCCCCC